AUGUACUCAACUUUUGAAGCUGUGACGCGGUCUAAGUUCUCAUUUGACGACUGUCCCCGCAUCGGUCCCUUUGCAUUCCACAAUUUUGAUUCCAAUGACGACACCUUGGCUUGUGAGAGCGAAUUCGCAAUUACUUCAUAUAAUUACCGAGCUGUACCAAAACAUAUGGAUUCUGUGGAGGUACUUCCCAGCACGGGUGAGAGGUUGACCGCUGAUCCUCUUGACACCAGUAGUCGUCUUAAGGACGAUUUUCGUUCCUGGAAGCUGGCUUUGAACUGUCCUGUACCUCGUUCGAUCCCAAAGCUUGAUCAUAAAAAGGGCACGACAACAUUGGGUUUCAUGUUCAACGGGGGCGUUAUUAUUGCGGUGGAUUCUCGUGCUACACAGGGACAGUAUAUUGCUUCACAAACGGUAAUGAAGGUGUUAGAGAUCAAUGAUUAUUUGCUUGGUACCAUGGCUGGUGGUGCGGCUGAUUGCAAGUACUGGGAGCGAGUUUUGGGAAUGGAGUGCCGUCUCUGGGAGCUUCGCAAUGGUAGUCGGAUCACAGUUGCCGCUGCGAGCAAGAUCCUCGCGAAUAUUACUUACUCCUAUCGUAAUUACGGGCUGUCGAUGGGUACCAUGGUGGCAGGAUGGGAUCAAUUUGGACCUGCCUUGUACUACGUCGACGAUAAGGGUACUCGUGUAAAGCACAAUAUUUUCAGCGUUGGCUCCGGUUCUGUCUACGCGUAUGGUGUGUUGGAUGCGGGUUAUCGCAAAGAUUUGACUUUGGAAGCGGCUUUUGAUCUAGCCCGACAAUCGAUCUUCUAUGCUACUUACCGUGAUGGCGCGUCUGGUGGCAUUGUAACUGUAUAUCACGUACACGCUAAGGGCUGGACACUAAUCUCCCGAGAUGAUCAGACAAAACUUUAUGAUCGGUAUCAUUCUGGAAAUUAA